UUGAACGAUAUUGAGAGUCACUGGUAGUAGGCCUUGGUGAAAAUAUCAACCUGACGAAUGCAUGAUAAUUAUAGCCGUGUGGUGACCAACAGUUAAAUGUUUUUCGGUUAUAGGACGAGAAAGCUGCGGAUGGUGGUCAGCAGGUUCAGCAGCAGGUCCAGAAAGAGCAAAGUAGCAGGCAUAACCCUCGGUUUCUUCAUUAUUUUCACCACCUUCAAGCUUGCACCAUGGACACAAGAAGGUGAGGCGAUACAAGAAACGACAAGAAAGGAACAAUCCAUCUACGGUGAUGAGAUGCACGCCGGCAUACAUGUUCGUCUGGACACGUGCCACUUCUGCAUGGGAGCAUUGCUUUAUGCAGCAGACGACGUCAUUACCAGCCAUGUUUGUAAAGCAGACGGCAGGGAUGAUGAGGCAGAACGUGAUAACAUUGCCCCGCAUACACUAUUUGUAAUCAUAACAUCUGAGGAAAGAGGGCGCUAUCGUAAGACCCUGCGGCAGACGUGGCUGCAGCAUACCCGGUUUAAUAAGGAUGCAGAUUAUCGCCACGUGUUCUACAUGGGAAUAAAGAAUGGGAAAACAGUAAGCAGUGCAGUGAAGCUGGAGCAGUACGUCCAUGGUGACCUUAUGGUGGGCAAUUUUACAGAUAACUCAGCGAACGAGACUGUCAAGCUGAUGAAAGCUUUAUCUUAUCCCGCUUUUAAGUGUCGGAAUGCUGAACGCGUGUUGGUCACUACUGAUCACGUGUUGUUUAAUAAGACGCAAUACCUGCACUACCUCAGACGCCACCGCCUGCACACGGCCGUUGGUGGGCAGUGCAUGUACGGUCUCACGGUCGACCAUCUCGAUAAAACGUCUCCAUGGUAUGCUACAAAAGACGAGAACCCUUGGGGAUAUUAUCCAGACUUUUGUCUGGCGAAUGCGAUGCUCAUAGAAAUCUCUCCCCUGCAUGAACUUGUAUACCAGUCCAUUGGAAUUCCCUUCUUUCGCAUCCCGAGUAUUUAUCUUGGAUUUGUAAUGGACUAUUUGAAGGUCAAGGCUGUCACAAUGGAUGGAUUUUAUGCCUGUAUGUCAGACUACGAUCCUUGCACUUCUCCGAGCGGUGCUGCGGUCAUCCAGUUGGACGAUCGUGUUAAUUUAACGGCCUUAUGGACGACACAGUGUAGUAACUCAAAACUAGAACAGUCGUCACCGCGAAAGGAAGGAACGAAUCAGGUGCAUAGGACAUUGGCCCCAUAUCCAGGGCAAGAUGUUUAUCAAACAAGGGCUGCUGUGAUUAGCUCAGCGAACAAGUUGCCAGUGAAGGCGAAGAAACCCCCAAAGCAGAAAACUGAUUCUCCGCCGGUAAACGCGAAGGUUGCAAAGAAGCCAAGACCAAAAUCGUCGCCGGUCAAAUGGGUGAAAAGAACCUUGUCUCCAGGUUCGAUGCCGGUCAAAGCAACUAUUGCUAUAGAAACGUGGACGAAGCCAAUGUUUGUCAAAAGAUUUUUUGCUAUCAAGCAGAAGCCAAAAUCUUCCCCGGCCAAAACAACUAUUGCUCUUGAACAGCAUCGGAUAUCUCGGCCAGUCAAAAGGGAAAAUGUCCGAAAUAAUCGGACAAGAUCUUCGCCGUUCAGUGGAAAUAUUGUCAUCCUGGAGCAGCAGCGUAAAGCCCCAUCAAAGAAGGAUGUUACUUUUAUAAAACGAAAGCUGAAACCUAAACGAAAAGAUUCUCUUUAGGAGCAGCUGAAUCCACUAUUGUUUACAAUAAAUGAUCCCACCGUCGCACAUAAACGAGGAAAUGACCUCGUGUGGAGUAUGAAACCGGUUCUGAUAACCAUUGUGUUCAUGGCCCUCGCCGUAUAUGUGAACAAGGCAGGAAGUGUUGAUGACGUAUCAUAUAUGAAAAAAGGAUCUGCGAAAGAACUGUAAAACAUGGUCAAUGCGAAACGUUGUUUUCUUAGUCACAAACAACAAACCAAUGCUCCAUCACACUAGUUGUUC